AUGUCCGACACCGGCACAAAAAAAGCUGGUUUUCAGCUCCUUCGUCCUCGUCUUGGGUGCGACGCCAGCAUUUGCAGGAGGCCCAAAAAACACCUCUUCUCCAAUUUCCACCCCAAGCCCAAACCCACAACUUACCGCAAGCACCAAAAUUACCUACUUCUCCAUCGUCGUCGCCGCCAACACGCAGUCAUCGUAUUACUACUACCACUCUUCUUCCUCCACGUCAUCGUACAGCAGCAGCAUUGCCACCACGGCGGCGACCUUCUCCCCCGCUGCUGCAACGGACAAAGACGACGAGGGGAAUCGUGUCGGAGGACGUCGAUGUUGCAGAUGAUCUUGGAGAAGCAUAUUUACUCGCGGGACGACCUCAGAGAGCUCCUCAACUGCUUCCUCCAGCUCAAUUUGCCUUACCACCACAGCAUCAUCGACCGUGCCUUCUCCCAGAUCUGGAAUAGGGUUUUCUCCUCCUCCACAGCGAAGUCUCUUGCUGCCGCCGGCGCCGGAGGGAGUGGUUUAAUGUCGAAGCCGCUGCUAAUGCCGCCGUACCAGGACGAUUGGGGUUUGGACAACUGCUACCGCCGCAUUGGGAAGGGAAUAAGGGAGAUUGACGGCAUCAUCGAUGAUGAAGAAGAUGAGGAUAUAGGGCGCGUAACGACAAAACGGUGUAGAAAAUUGUGA